AUGGAAGACGUUCAUCCAACUGUAACCAAACAUCAUCAAUUAUCUUCAUUAUUAAUUGUCUCACGUGUACAGAAUUCCUUAGAAAAUCAAGACGAAGAAAAUAAUUCUCAAGGACAAACACAAAUUGACAGAUAUGCUUUUAUUUCACAUGGAACAGCCGAGGAAGCUAAACACAAUUUUAAUCAACCUACUGAUUAUAUUCGUCUUGGUCCGGAAUGUUGUGUCAAAUAUGUGGAUUAUUCUUCGUUUCUUCCUGCAGAUCAUCAAUCUUAUGAUAAACAAACAAUUGCAGUGACGAAUAUACCAGAAAAUGUUAGUGAAGAUGAUUUGCGUCGUUUAUUUCCCAACUCUCGUAUAUCGAAUUAUUAUCAAGCACGGACUAUUCAUCGUAAAUCUGCCUCGAUCAAGAUUUUAUGGGGAUAUGCGUUUCUUCAUUAUAAGAAUGUUCAACAAGCUGCCAAUGCUAUCGAAAAUGCUCAGCAAUACAAGAUCAAUGGUCGAACAUUACAUGUUGCUUUUUAUUCUAAGAACAAUCGAUUUGAAUCAAUUACAGAAUGA